AUGUUAUUAACAUCAACACUCCUUGCAAUCGUAGCAACUGUCACAGCUCACGGGACUGUCAACCGUAUCGACGUUGAAGGCGGACAGUCAUUCUCUGGCCCACUAAUCGGCUCAAACGACAACAGCGGCCCAAUCUGGCAUGUCUCAACUAGCAGUCCAGUCACGGACCUCCAAAGCAAUUCAAUGUUCUGUGGUGUUGACGCUAUCCCUGGUCAGCAAUCACCUAAUAUCGGUGCUGGCUCGACUUUAACCAUCCACUGGGGACAAGGUUACGCAGACAGUGGUGACCAAUGGCCUCAUAACACAGGCCCAAUCAUGACCUACAUGGCUAAAUGUAAUGGUGACUGCAGUAACGCAGACUCUGCCAGCUCCAACUUUUUCAAGAUCUCCGAGCUCGGUAUUGAGAAUGGUGAAUGGGUUCAAGCUCAACUCAAGAAUGGUCAACCAUACUCUGUUCAAAUCCCAAAUGAUGUCCAACCUGGUAAUUACCUAAUUAGAACGGAGAUCGUUGCACUCCAUUCAGGCGUUGAGAGUUACCCAUCAUGCUCACAGUUCACUGUGACUGGUGAUGGCUCAAACUCAUACGCAAGCGCUACAGCUAAAUUCCCUGGUGCCUACUUAGCUUCUGAUCCUGGUCUUCAAAUUGCCGGUGGAUCCGUAUACAAUAUUCAAUCGAGUGUUGAAUACCAAUUUCCUGGUCCAGCACCCGUUACUGGAGUUCACUUGGGUGUACCUGUUGGUAGAAACGGAGGCAGCAAAAAGUUUGCUGCUCAACAGCCAAGCUCGGAUUCAUCACACUCAAGUUACAGCUCGGAUAGCCAAUCAUUUAGCCAGCAAUCGCAACAAAAUGAAUCAAAGUCGCAAUCACAAUCAAAUGGACCAGACUCAGAAUCUGGUAACUCUGGUUGCAACAACCAAUACGAACAAUGCCUUCAAGCAUAUGUUCCAGGCAGCGGAGACUUUGAUUGUCAGACUCAAUUUGUCUCAUGUCAACAACAGUCACUAGGAAGACGUUGGUCUACCAUUCAAAGACCAACCAAACGCUCAAAAUCGUUGAAGCGCACUCAACAACGCAACGCUAGAAUGAUGUAUCGUACCGUUCAUUUGUAA